AUGAAAUUACCUAUAUUCGAUUCAUUAUUAUUUGGAUCGAUUGCUUGUGCUACAGAUCCUGUGGCAACUCUUGGAAUUUUCAAGGCGUUGGAUGUCGAUCCGAAACUGUAUAUGAUUAUUCUGGGUGAGAGUAUUCUCAAUGAUGCCGUAUCGAUUAUUUUGGUGCAGGCAGUCAAUAGCUAUAGUCUAGCGGAGAUAUGGAAACCGAUUCUGUUGUUCUUUGGCGUUUCGAUUGCAAGUGUCAUACUGGGUGUGUUGAUAGCACUCUGUGUUUCGCUACUAUUGAAAUGGCUAAACAUCGGAAAGUAUCCAGCGAUUGAAACACUGUUUGUAAUACUGUUUGCCUAUAUCUCCUAUUUGCUGGCCGAUGCAAUUUCACUCUCGGGCAUUCUAUCCACCUUUUUCUGUGGUAUUACAUUCCAGCAGUACGGAUACAACAGUCUCUCGAGUGACUCGAAACACAACUGCACACAGCUACUUCGUAUGGGUUCUUUCGUUUGUGAAACAAUCACAUUCAUCUACAUCGGAAUGUCAUUGCCACUUCAUCAAUUUUCAUUUAAACUUACUUUUUUGAUUUGGGCAAUUAUAUUCAUUAUUGUAUUUAGAGCAGCUGCUGUUUAUCCUAUUAUUGCAGUGUUGAAUAAAUUAGGACUGUCUAGUAUUCCAAUUUCUAUUCAAACGGUUGUGGUGUUGUCUGGACUAAGAGGUGCAAUCUCAUUCUCGUUGAGUAUGUCCGACGAACUCACUGGCGACUACCGACCGGAAAUACAGACUGCUAUGCUAAUAUUGGUGUUUUUCACGAUAUUCGUAUUCGGUCUUACAACCUACCCUGCACUCAAAGCUUUCAAGAUAAAAUCAUCUGAUACCGACAUCAGUUUAGAUUUCAUUGGAAAGCCAUUACAUAUAGAUUCUAGAUUCAAUAAUAUCGGAUCUUUAUUCUCAAAGUUGAAUGAAAAGUACUUCCAAAGAUGGUUCACAAGAAAUGCAUCGGCAUUCUCAGUUCGAAGCGAAGAUUUGGAUAUUCAUAUCGCGAAUAGCAAUGUCUAUCAAGAUAUUUCAAACAACAUUGAAAUGGAUUCUGUUGGAUCGAAAUCAUCUUCAUUUGGAGAUGAAUCACAGCCAUAUGAAACAGAGCAAUCACCAUCAUCAUCAAAUUCUUCACCAUCUCAUAUAAUUACAGGAUCAUAA